AAAUAAUACUCUUAACUUCAUUAUUCUGUUGUGUAACAAUUUGUAUUGUUGAUUUCGAUUGAGAGUGUCUGUCAGCUAUGGAUUUUUUUUGGAGUCUUUUCACUGAAAAUGAUGAAAAAGAUUCUAGUAAAAGUCGCGAUCAGCCUGACAAAAACAAAAAAGAAUUCAAGACAAUCGGCACUCAGACUUCGUGCACGGAAGCAAAACAAGAAGAAAAAUCCAACGAGAACGAAAUCAAAAUUGAUCGUCAGACAAACAAUAAGCGGAAGAUAACAUUGAUAAUUGAGGACUGUGGUUGUCCAAAGAAAAAAAGAAAAAAGAGCGAGACAAAAAAUAAACCUAAAAUUUCCAAAAGCACAAACAAAAAGGAAGAGAAGACAAACAUUUGCAAAAAAAUAUCAGAAAGAAUGAAUAAAAGCAGUUAAAACAGAUAAAACAUUGGAGGAAGAGACAGAAGCGUGUGAUUUCCCAACAAUUUCUUCCUCUCAGGAAAACAUCGACCAGCCUAUUACGGCAUUUAGACGUUUACAAAUACUGUAAUAAUUGUUUUAAAUCAAUUCAUAUCAAGAAUUUCUAUCGAAUUUUAUAUUCAUA